AUGGCAAAAGUGAAUAUUCCAAUUCCCAACGACUUUGUAAAGUUGAUUUUAAUAAGUCAAGGACAUCUUGGAGGAAUUAAAACUUCUAAACUUAUGGAGAGAUAUGUGUUUGGAACACGAAAAUUAGAGAAUAUAAAAGUGAUUGAUAUUGAAAAGACAUGGGAGAAAUUUAUAUUGGCUGCUAGAAUGUUCUGUAGUCUUAAGCAUCCCAGUGAUGCUGUUGUAGUUUCUACUAAAACUUUUGGUAGAAAAGGUGUCUUAAAAUUUUGCGAAUCGACUUGUGCGACACCGGUUAUCGGGAGAUUUAUUCCAGGUACGUUUUGUAAUAACCAAGUAAAAAGGCCAUUAGAGCCCAGAGUUCUUAUUGUAUCAGAUCCUUUUGCCGACAAACAAGCAGUUAUUGAAGGAUCACACGUGAAUUUACAGACAAUUGCUUUUUGUAACACCGAUAACGACGUAUCUUUUGUAGAUAUUGUUAUUCCAAUGAACAACAGAUCCCCAGUUUCUAUUUCUGCUGGAUUAUUUAUUUUAAGUAGAUUAAUUAGAUUUAUGAAAACAGGAGAACCAUUAGAUGAGAAUAUGAAAGAAGUAGAAUUAUUUAUUUAUAGAGAUCCUAUUGAAUUAGAAAAAUUAGUUGAGGAGCAGAAAAUAAUUGAAAAUGCUAAUAUUACAAUUGGAGAGCAAGAGCUGUAUGAACAAGAAGAAUUUGGAAACAAGGCAGGCUGGGGAAUAGAACCAUCACUUGUUUCAACAGAGGCAGUUUCCGAAUUUAGUGAUAAUUGGAAGAAUUAA